GAAUAGUUUGUAAAACUUCAGGGUGCAAAAGUAAAUUUUUCAUUGCUAUCGACCACGGAAAUGUUCAUUGACGAGUAAAAUCAAUCAUCCCCGCGGAAGCAGAAGACUCUGUACCGAAGAUUCAGCUGUCUUUCUCCUUCACUGCCGAUUUCCAUGGCUCCGAAACCGAUCACCAGUCCAGUACCGGAUGCGUGGUACCCGACCCUGGCAGUGUUGAUGCUCGCGAUCGGACUCGUCAUCACGGCCUCCUUCUUCAUUUAUGAAGCAACCUCCUCAAGGAAGAACCGCAGCCUCGCUAAGGAGCUCUCUACUGGAGCUGUGGCAUCCGUCUUCUUGGGCUUUGGAUCGCUGUUUCUGCUACUUUCCUCUGGUGUUUACGUUUGAUCUGUCUGCCCACAGUUCUUGGCUUUUGCUGCCUGUUUGUUUUGGAUAGAAGCUGCUUCUAAUCAAUAGCAUAAUGUUUUGGCAAAAUUUUAUCAAAUGUUAGUGGAUGCGGAAAGCUUUUUUCGGACUUACUUGUGGAGAUUGAAAUGAGUUAAGAUAAUUAGAAUUCGAUAUGCAAUUAGCUCAUAAAUCCAAAGUUUGCUUUAUUUUGUGCA